AUGGUGCCGCUUUGUCGCCUCGAUAUGUCGUCGGUGGAGCUGCAUGAAGCUGUCUUUCACCAUAUGGAGGGGUGGGAUGCCACGCGCCGGUGGCUGGCGCAGCAGUCAGAGGGGCCCACCUUUGCCCGGGUCUACGAGCUGGCGGGCGACGGCCCAGCCGACGAGGUGCAAAAAGAGGCGCUGGAGGUGGUGGAUCGAGUUAUCUCCCACUUUCGAAUCAGCCGACAGCUGCUCCACGAGCACGACGCUUCCGCUGCUCGGCUGAGCGAGUUGGAGGCGACGUGGCAGUUGCAGAAGGCUGCCCGGGAGGCGGAGCGGCUGCGGCUCGUCGAGCUUUACACCGAGAAAGGCGCCCCAAUCCCGCCAGCGCUACACGCCACCGUGGUGACGACGUCCGGCUCGUCGGCGACCACGCUGAACGCCGCUGCAGCAGGCGUCAUCUUCAAGGCUCUGGCAACUUUCACGGACCUCUACGAGGCCUCCUACGCCGGCACCUGGAGCAGCAUGACGCACCUGGUGCAGCUCUUUCUCCGCUACUACACGAGCGUAGAGUCGCAAAUGAUUUUAUACUGGAAGCGGCCGGACGACAAGCAGGCCAUCCUGCACCGCUUCCAGCAGUGCUUCGACUCGCUACCAACCUCCACGCGUGUACUGCCAGCGUGCAAGGCGGAGCUGCACCUCUCCCUGGACGCGCUAGGCGAGGCACUGCACAGGUGCAUCGCCUUGCGCGACGGCGAGGCGAGGGGCCUGCUUGACACCUUGACCAGCACGGCAAGCUUCAUGGGAGGGUGGCAGACCCUUGUGUGUCAGGGAUUCACCCGCUUCUUACAGGCCGAGGCGGAUCGAUACUUCUUCGCGAUGCAGAUCUUCUCCUUUUUUCUGGGCGCUGUCACAGGGGAGCCUCUGGGGUUCGACGAUGUCGAGGUGGACAUUCCGCUGACGUCGAUGAACACCCCAGACCGGCCGAUGCAAUCGACCAGCGCCGCCGGGGAUGCUUCACCGUCGGUUUCGUCGGGCGGAAAAUCAAUCAAGGAGAAGCGAGUGACGUCAACGAAGAAGUCGCACAAGGUGGCCGACGAGCCGAAUGAGAAGAUCGCUGAGGACCAGCUUGCGGAGGUGGCGCAGGGGGUGCUGAACGGCUUCUCCUCUAUCACGGAUAAGCUGAAGGCUGUUGUGGAUGUCCAGGGGAAGGUGCCAAAGCGUGCCGGCAGUGGCAGCGGCAACAGCGCGGGCAACAGCCCUACCGCGCCUACCUCCAUCUUCGCCAUCUCCGCAGCCAAGUGCUGCGGCUUCAUGGAAGCGGAAAGGGUCGCCGCUACCUCGCGGGUGGCGGCGAUUCACAUGUGUGGGCGGAUGUUGCUGAAGGAGGCGGAGGCGCACGCAAGAAAGAUGCGCACGCGAAUGGAAGCGAGCCUUUUAGACGUGAUGGCACGAGAGGCCGCCGCCGCAAACACGGCCGUGUACGUGUUGCGCGAGUGUGUGGAGGCGGAGAAGACGAGCCCCGUCAUGCACCUGGGCUGUACCACCUUUGCUGUGCUCGGAAAGAGGCCUCCGCGUGCUUCACAGAACGCCGGCAGCACCGCCGAAGCGCUGGGCUGCACGUCGCCAACGCCCACGAAGAUCGGUCCCACAGGUGAGCAUCGCCGCAGCUUCCUCACCGACUUGCCGCUCUUUGGCCAGCUGACCAAUCCGCAGCUCAUGGUGCACCCCGGACUGACGGCGGUGCGACUCCUCGAACUCGUCAAGCAGUUCCGCUGCGUCGCGCCAGACUACCAGCUGAGCCGCUUCGACUUUCUGCUUCUCGUAGAGGACGACGACUACGCCGAGGCCGCGGUUAUCGGCCUGGACUCGGCGCACAUGACACGAAGGACUCGCGAGGAGCUCUUUAGCACCUUCGACCCACAGCGCACCGGUUUUGUAGACUGGCGUGAUGUCGUUGUGCACUUACUUUUCUGGGUCACACCGGCCACUGCGGCAAGGACACCGACAUCCGCCCCAAUGCAGCGAGGCAUUUGCGAGAUUUCGCUGCAGGACCUGCUGAAGGCGCGUGCUACCCUUGGGGUUUGCGGGCUCACCGAGGAGCAGUUUGUCGAAAAGCCGUUCUUGGACCCCUACCUCGAUGAGGCGCUUGUGGAGGCCUACAUGCGCAUUUUGUGGUGCACGUUCUACGACGCCGCCAAGCAGAUUCUUCAACCGCCCAUAGUGCUCGGCUUCUUGUGUGCCGACCCGCAGCCGAUCCGUGGCGCCCAAAAGGCUUUCCAUGUUCUUUCCGCGCCUGGCGCAGAGGGCCGCGUCUCCUUGGAUGAGAUGGACGCUCUGUGCCACCUCAAGGCGACAAACGCGCGUCUGAUGGACCAGCCAGACCCGUGCAGCAAGAUGAAUCUGCGCCUUCUCUUCGGCACCGCAGCGACGUGUUCCUUCGAGGAGGUCUGCGCCUCGCCCAUGGGGCGCAAAAUGCUGAACCAUGCGGACCUCUUCCGCCGCCGGCAAUUCUUCAAGCGCAAGUAG